AUGCUGGCGGUGCGUCACGUGCUGUUCGUUGUUGCCCUCCUGCUGCUGUGCGGGAUUGUGCCGGCGGUUGGGGCGCCAACAAGUAACAUGGAUGAAGUGAUGAAUGCUCUUGAAACUGUAAAGCAAGCUGCAGAUACUGCAGAAGCAACUGUGAGGGAGGCCUACGAGAAGGCUGAGGAUGCUAAGAAGAAAUCAGAAGCGGCGUUAGAUGCCGCGAUGACUGUGGAAAGUGAGACUGUGGCCCUUGAAAAGGCUGUUCAACCUGGCGUUGAUCAGAACAAGGCUGCUGAUGUUAAACAAAAAGCCCUCAAAGCCAUGACAACUUCACAGAACGCAAUGGGUCGCCUUACUCAGGCGGCAGAAUCAUCAAAAUUGGCAGAAAAGGCAGCACAGGCAGCGUUUGAGGUGACGCAUAUGAUCACGGAGAAAGUUAAGAAGGCAAUGGAGUUGUUGGGUGAUUUAGCCCCACAGCAAGUAAAAGAUUUAUUGAAACUCGCAAAAACGAGUGAGGCUGAAUUUUCUCACGCGGUGAGCAAUGCAGCUUCUUCAUCCAGUCUCGCAACCGAAUCUCAGACAAGCGCAACAAGUGUAAACAAGCACGCCAAGCAGGCAGUGCAUGAAGCUGAUGAGAUCAAGAAAGUUGGAGACCAAAACACUGAUGGUGUGAAUUCAGUGAGAAAUAAAGAGAAUAUAAAGAAAGACGCCCAGCUUGCAGCACAACACGCCACUGAGGCGCUGGAUAAAGCUAAAAAAGCGGAAAAUAAAGCGAAAGCUGCAUUUGAAAACGCCAAUGAGGCGGUUCAAGCUUUCCAACAAAUACUGGAUGCUGCAAAGAACGCAGUAACGGCUGCUGAUGAAGUUAUAAAACAAAACUCAAAAGGAGGUGCUCCAUCAUUUACAUCUCAGGGAGGCAGUGAUUUAUCACUGCAGCAAAAUGAACAGGCCCCGCCAGCCGGUGAUUCAGAGGCAGCCGUCGUGCCUAAUGGUCUUUCUUCAACCGAACCCACUGAAGCUACCACAACGUCUGAUGAACACACUGGGGAGACAUCCUCUCCAGCCAGCGAUGCGCCUGAGUCUCCUCUGCUUCCAUCGAGCAGCGUUGUGAGUGCCGCGAUGGGUGGGAGUGGCGGCACAGACGGCAGCGGCAGCGCAGGGUGGAUGUGUGCGCCGUCACUGCUGUUGCUGUUGGGUGCAUUGAUUGGCUGCUCGGUUUUCUGA